GGAGUCUUGGAGGUCAAAGUUGAAAAGUAGGCGGAGGCGGAACUACUGCACCAAAACCGAACUUUUCUGGUUUUAAUAUGAUAAGACUAUUGGAGCUGUUAUGUUAUUGAAGACACUGGUAAGGAGUGCAUGCACUCUGGUAGGAGCCGUGACAGCCUUGAAAUUUGCCCCAUUUGAAGUCCAGGCCCAGUCAGCUGCUCUGCUUCACACUGCUAUAAGAAAAAGUUAUCUGGUGGAACAAGCAAAUAUGAAGGUUGAACUAAUCCCGGCACUUUCCGACAACUACAUGUACCUGCUUAUAGACCCAGACUCAAGAGAGGCUGCCGUUGUUGACCCUGUUGAGCCUAUAAAGGUUGUGGAAGCUAUCAGAAAACAUGGCGUUAAACUCACAACUGUUUUGACCACACAUCACCAUUGGGAUCACGCAGGCGGUAAUGAGAAAAUGGUGAAGUUGAUGCCAGGUCUCAGAGUCUAUGGAGCUGAUGACAGGGUUGAUGCAAUUACAAAGAAAGUUCCAGACUCUCACAAUUUUAAAAUUGGAACUCUUCAUAUUAAAUGUCUUCAUACACCAUGCCACACUACAGGUCAUGUAUGUUACUAUGUGACCAAAGAAAACUGCAGCGACCCGCCUGUUGUUUUCACAGGUGACACUUUGUUUGUUGCUGGUUGUGGUAAAUUUUUUGAGGGAACAGCAGAUCAAAUGUACAGAGCUUUGAUUGACAUUCUUGGAUCCCUCCCACCAGAAACUCGUGUCUACUGUGGUCAUGAGUACACUGUCAACAAUUUGAAAUUUGCUCGCCACGUAGAACCAGACAAUAAAGUUAUUCGGGAAAAACUUGCAUGGGCUAAGGAGAAAUGUGACAAAGGUGAACCCACUGUCCCUUCCACUUUGGCUGAUGAAUUUACUUUUAAUCCUUUCAUGAGAGUCAAAGAGAAGACUGUGCAGGAUCAUGUUAAGCAAACAAGUCCAGUGGAAACCAUGAGAAGCCUUCGUAAAGAAAAGGACUCUUUCCGUGUCCCUAAAGAGUGAUAGUUGCACAGUUUUGUUUUUUUUUGCACUGUUAACAUCAUCUGCUCUGCAAGAAGCUCUAUUAGUAUUGCAUUUCUUUGUUAUUCAUUCAUAAGUUUCUAUUUCAUCUAUACAGUUUAAAAAUAUGUGUACAAAGUGAAUUUUAUGCAAGUCUUUAGACUACAAUCUUAAAACAAUAGUGAGAUAUUGUUAAGAAAUUAUAUAUAAAAUGUAAAAUAUAAUGUGUGGACCUGUCUGAUUCUGCUUUGUAAAGACUGCUUACUUUAAACAAUCUUCAUGUACAUGUAAAAAGUUAAAAUUUGAUUUUAUGUUACAUAUUUUAUUUUCUAAAAGUCUGGAUGUGUGCAGGAGUAAUGUAUGUUGGACAUAAACACGCACAAGCCACAGAGAGUGAGGGAGUCAUCAUCAAAAAACGUAUUUAAGUCCAAAUAUAUUUUUGUAUACAAGUCUUUAUGCCGUAGUAACGUUUUCUGUAAACGUGACACUCAAAAAAAAAAAUAAAGUAAUGCGGUUUGAUGUGUCUGAAUCGAUUAAAAAUGCCUGGGUUUGACGG